CCGCCAGCUCCAUGGGCAUCUACGGCGUCGGCGUCGACCUCGUCAAGACCGCGCGCCUGCGCCAGUCCUACUGCGCGUACGGCGACCGCUUCUUGAAGCGGUAUCUGCAUCCAAAGGAGAUUGCUCACUUCCAAGGGCUGCUCGCCGACGACUCUGUUCAGGGCGUGACCAACCAGACCCAGUUCCUCGCCUCGCGGUGGGCCGUCAAGGAGGCGACGCUCAAGGCCUUCAAGUCAUGGCGCAUCCUCUUUCCUGACGUCUACGUGGACAAGCGAUGCUCCGCCGUGCCACCGCACGUUGCUGCCAUGCCAGGCCUUCCGCCUCGAACGGCGUCACCAGUCGUGCCCGUCCUCGCUCACUCGCGUCGGCGCUGGCCAUUCAGGUAG